GCUCACACUGUUCAAUCGUCCUUCACCAUCGCAGGACGUCUUUGAUUAUAUUUAAAAUAUAAAGAAGACUUGAAUUUUUCAAAUCAAAUAGCGAAAAAAAUAAAUAAUUAAACUAUAUUUAUAAAUAAUCAUAAAAAUAUGAGGUUAUUCAGCGUUCUAGUUUUAUUGUUUGCCAUUGUCAUUAGUCAAGGUCAUCCUCUAUCAAAAUCCGAAGCACACAACGAUGUAGCGUUACCAUCCAGUUCCUUGGAACCAGAGAAAAUUCCUUCAGUCGAAAAGGAAAAGCCAAUUUCGAAUAAUAAACCAUCAGAAUCUGUAGAAGAAUCAAAUGUUGAACUAAAACCUGAAACACCAGCAGGUUUGGAUUUAAAGCCACAAUCAGAGGUUGACGUAUCGCCUACCCCUGCUGCUGCUAUUCCAGAUAUACAAAAACCUGCUAACAUUGAUUUGGAAAGAAAAACUAAUGAAUAUGAUCAAAGACAAAAUGGAACGGAAAAUUAUCGAAUUCAAGUGGAUGGUUUAGUUUUUGUCAUUGCACCAGUGGAGGCACUUCUUUUGGCAGGUGGUGCAGCAGCAGCAGCCGGCUCUGAUGAUUCUGAUCUAUUAGGUGGAAAGCCAAAUAUAACAGCUCUUCUUAAUCCCACUGGUUUAAAGGCAAUUAAUAAUCAACAUUCUGAAUCUCACAAUCAACAAUUAUCACCUCUUUAUUAUUCAGCGCCAAAACCAUCUGAUGGACCAGUUUCGGUAAAAUUGAUUAAUUUGAUUGCACCAUUGUUGGAACAGAGAAGGCAUUUCGUAAGAUAAUUUCCUGAAUUUUACAAGAACUCAUUUUUUAAAUUAAGUCAACGAUAUAUAAUUAUGUCAUAUUAAGGGUAUGUGAGAAAAGGACGUUUUUUUGUAGUCUUGAAACUUUCUCUGAAAUAAAAAAUGAUUUCGUGUUAAAAUUUUCGAGAAAUGUUAAGAGAAAGGGUAUAAAGAAUAUCGCUGUUCUACUCAUUUACUAUAACUUGACGCAAAAAUAAUAAAAAUAAAGCAAUAAACACUAAUGUA